AUGUCUACUUCUAGUAUUGACGAGAUUAAACAACAAGCUGUUGCUGAGGUAGUCACUGCCACCUCUACUGAUAAUGAAGUUGAGGACUACGUUGCUAAAUUCUUGGAUAUGUCCAAUGAAGCUAAGGAUAAUGAUCAAAAAGAAAAGCAUAUGUCGAUUAAGGAAUGUAUCAAGACAUUCCCAAAGGCUGUUAUGUGGUCUGUUAUUCUUUCUACUGCUUUAAUUAUGGAAGGUUAUGAUACCAACUUAUUAGCUAGUUUUUUCGCUUAUCCUGGUUUUGCUAAGAAAUUCGGUGACUGGUAUCCCGAUAUUAAAGAAUAUCAAAUUCCUGCUCAAUGGCAAACUGGUUUGUCAAUGGGUUAUUCUUGUGGUCAAUUAAUUGGUCUUUUCGUUGCUGGUAUCUUCGCUGAUAUGGUUGGUUAUAGAAAAACUUUGUUGCCUGCCUUGGUUACUUCUGUUGGUUUAAUUUUCAUUCAAUUCUUUGCUCCAAAUCGUGAAGUCUUAUUAUUGUCAUAUAUCUUAUUGGGUAUCAACUGGGGUUCUUAUCAAACAAUUACAGUCACUUAUGCUUCUGAAGUUGCUCCAACAACGCUUAGAGUUUAUCUUACCACCUAUGUUAAUGUCUGUUGGGUGUUUGGUCAAUUAAUUUCUUCUGGUGUUAUCAAAGCUAUUUCUACUAUGGAUGGUGAACAUGCUUAUCGUAUUGCUUUUGCUGUGCAAUGGAUUUGGCCAAUUCCUUUAGCAAUUGGUGUUUACUUAGCUCCAGAAUCACCUUGGUUCUUAGUUAAGAAGAGAAGAUAUCAAGAAGCUAAACAUUCCCUUUGUAGAUUAUUAUCCGAAAAUGAACACUUACCAAAGAAAGAAAUUUUAGCUGAACAUAUGUUAACCAAGAUUCAAAUGACUAUUAAGGAAGAAGAUGCUCUUAAUUCUGGUGUCACUAUUAAGGACUGUUUCACUGGUGCUAAUGCGAGAAGAACUAGAAUUGCUGCGUUCACUUGGUUGGUUCAAAAUAUUACUGGUUCAAGUUUAAUGGGUUACUCUACUUAUUUCUAUACCCAAGCCGGUUUACCUACUUCCAUGGCUUUCAACUUCUCCAUCAUCCAAUACUGUUUUGGGAUUGUAGGUACUGUUGGUUCUUGGUUCGUAGCGAGAAGAGUGGGUAGAUUUACUAUUUAUUUUGGUGGAUUAUGUUGUAUGGCCGUCUUAUUAUUGCUCGUUGGUGGUCUUGGAUGUUCAUCUUCAAAGAAUGCCAGUUGGGGUGUUGGAAGUAUGAUUUUGAUCUAUACCUUUGUGUAUGAUUUAACUAUUGGUCCAUUAUGUUACUGUAUUGUUUCUGAAAUGCCUUCUGCUAGAUUGAGAGCUAGAACUGUUAUGUUGGCAAGAAACUUCUAUAACCUUUCCGGUAUCAUUGUUGGUAUACUUACUCCAUAUAUGUUGAACCCAACUGAAUGGAAUUGGAAAGCAAAGACUGCUUUCCUUUGGGCUGGUAUUACUAUUUUGUCAAUUGUUUGGUGUUGGUUUGAUUUACCAGAAACUAAGGGUAGAACAUUUGCUGAAUUGGAUUUGUUGUUCCACGAAAAGGUUCCAGCAAGAAAGUUCAAAUCCACUGAAGUUCAACCAUUUGAUGCUGGUAAAAUGAUGGAAAAAUUGGGUCAAGAAGGCAUUAAACAAUUCAUUCAACAAAAAGAGAAUGUUGGUGAUGAAGAAGAUGCUAUCAUGAUCGCUGAAGUUAAAUCAUCAUCAUAA